AUGUCCUUUCUAUGUCAAGAGCGACAGCAACGAGGACCUUAUGUGACUAAGGCAUGUACAAAUUGCCAAAAAAAACACGCAAAAUGCACUGGAGGAGCAGUUUGUAAACGUUGUACACAACGUAAUCUUGAGUGUACUUUUAUCGAUUCGGGUAAAAAGCGAGGACCGAAAAAGAAUGAUAAACACUCAGAACAGGUCUAUGCUCUUAACGGUCCUGAAAAUGAUUUUGAUGGAACCUUAAUGCUAUACUCUGAUCCUGAAAAUGAAAUUGAUAGAACCUCUAUGCUAUCUUCCGGUCCUGAAAUUGAAAUUGAUGAAAUCUCUAUGCUUCCUUCUGGCCCUGUAAACGACUUUGAUGGAAUCUCUAUGCUAUCCUCUGGUCCUGCAAACGAUUUUGAUGAAACUUCUAUGCUAUCCUCUAGUUCUGGAAAUGAAUAUUAUGGAACCUUUAUGCUAUUCUCUGGUCCUGAAAAUGAAUUUGAUGGAAUCUCUAUGCUAUCCUCCGUGACCCCUAAUCCCGAACAAGGUCACACAUCGACUUUAUUAUUUUCAUCAGGAAAUUUACAACGACAACUGGAUAAUUUUGACGACUUUGCUCUUUAUCCCGACUUUUACGUUUCUCAAGAACUCAGCCCAUUUUCUUAA